AUGGAGAUGUUCGCCAGGAUCAGAGACGCCAUCGGUGAUUUAUUUGCGAGGAGAAGUGGUGAACGCGCGUGGGGAAAAGGCGUGAAUGAGGCAAAGGUCCGACACCUAGUUUCUACGGCUGCCAGUUUGCCCGGUCCCUUUGCCGGAUUCAAGAUAAACCCCAUCCGACAGGGGGAUACGGGAUGUUUCAACCUUCCUGAGGACACCGACGAACUUGCCAGUCGGUGUUUGGAAGGGGCCGCGACAUCCGAUGGUGGGCGGGUGGGGGUUCCCGUUGCAAACGACUGGUCGGGUGCUUGUGUUUGGAUCGCCCUUGCUUCCGGGGAGCUCAACGAACGGUGUUCCACCGGGGGUGGUGCGCUUGCCCUCCGUACAGCAGCCAUGCGGAUGGCGCUGCUGAAGAGCCCCGAGUUCCUGAGCCGUGACGGGUACCUUGCCGAGUACCGUUCUCCCAACCUCUUCGAUCUAAAGGAACACGACAUGGUGCUUAAGCUUGCAGGUCGCGAGUGA